AUGUGUGACCAGACCUUUUUAGCAGUUGUAUUUGGUCCAUGUGACAAGUGCUCCAAAGAGAAGCCCCUUAGGGCCGUUUACAUCAAAUCAGAACAACUCAGCUACUGCUCGCUGUGUGUGGAAAUGAUGGCAACCGAGGGGCUGCACGAGAACGAGACCUUGGCAUCGCUGAAGAACGAGGCCGAGAGCCUGAAGGGCAAGCUGGAGGAGGAGCGGGCCAAGCUGCACGACGUGGAGCUUCAUCAGGUGGCGGAGCGUGUGGAGGCGCUGGGACAGUUUGUGAUGAAGACGAGGAGGACCCUGAAGGGCCACGGAAAUAAAGUUCUCUGUAUGGACUGGUGCAAAGACAAGAGAAGAAUUGUGAGCUCUUCUCAGGACGGGAAGGUGAUAGUGUGGGAUUCCUUCACUACCAACAAGGAACAUGCAGUGACGAUGCCUUGUACCUGGGUGAUGGCGUGUGCAUAUGCCCCAUCUGGAUGUGCCAUUGCUUGUGGUGGCCUGGACAACAAGUGUUCUGUGUACCCUCUGACAUUUGACAAAAAUGAAAAUAUGGCUGCAAAGAAGAAAUCAGUUGCAAUGCACACAAACUACUUGUCUGCCUGCAGCUUCACUAACUCAGACAUGCAGAUCCUGACAGCAAGUGGAGAUGGAACUUGCGCUCUGUGGGAUGUUGAGAGUGGGCAGCUUCUACAGAGUUUCCAUGGUCAUGGAGCUGAUGUCCUGUGCUUGGACCUGGCCCCUUCUGAAACGGGAAAUACAUUUGUCUCUGGGGGAUGUGACAAGAAAGCCAUGGUUUGGGAUAUGCGGUCCGGUCAGUGCAUCCAGUCAUUUGAAACCCAUGAUUCAGAUAUCAACAGUGUCAGAUAUUACCCAAGUGGAGAUGCUUUUGCCUCUGGUUCAGACGAUGCCACGUGUCGUUUAUAUGACCUUCGUGCAGACAGAGAAGUAGCAAUUUAUUCCAAAGAGAGCAUAAUUUUUGGAGCAUCCAGUGUGGACUUCUCUCUCAGUGGUCGCCUACUGUUUGCAGGCUAUAACGAUUACACCAUAAAUGUCUGGGAUGUGCUGAAAGGGUCCCGUGUAUCUAUUCUGUUUGGACACGAAAAUCGUGUCAGCACUUUGCGGGUCUCUCCUGAUGGGACGGCGUUCUGCUCGGGCUCCUGGGACCACACUCUCCGAGACGGCUUCUGUCGCUUCUUCGGCAGACACGACUCCCAGCCGGCUGACCAGAGCAGUACCAUAAGCAGCGCGAUCAUGGCCGCAGCGGGGUUUGGAAUAGCAGGAUUGGCUUUUCUCUUGGUGGUGCGGUAG